AUGGAAGAAAUCAUACUCGAUGAUCUUCUCACCGAGAUAUUUACAAGAUUGCCAUCGUCUUCUUCGUUACCUUGUUUCGAAACAGUUCCUCUUGUCUCCAAACGAUGGCUUCGUCUCUACAGAGCUUCAAAGACUUCCAUGUCUUUACGAAUCAAUCCUCAAGACGACUCUGUAAUUACCCUUUUACCCUCUAUCCUUCAUAACCAUCCUUCUCUCUCUUCCCUCUCUCUAUUUGACCCCAAAAUCCCAAUUUCCUCUGUUUCUGAUGAGUUCAACAAUUCUCUCAUCUCGAUCGUGUCUUCUUGCUGCUUCAAUCUCAGAAAUUUCACAUUUUUAAUCGGCCCUGUUUCUCCAUCUUCUUUACUUUCUCUCUCUACUUCUUUAUCUCUCACUUCUCUCUCUAUCAAGUUCUUGAGACCAGUUUCUUUCUAUUGGGUUUCUUGGUUUCCAUCUCUCAAGGAAUUAUCAAUCGAUGUUUGCUCUUCCGGGUCAAACCCUAACCCUAAUCCUAACCAGGAAGUUGUCGAAUUGGGUUUGGAGUCGAUUUCGUUAACCGGAAUCCAAUCAGACGAUACCGGAGUUACCUGGUUAUGGAAGAGUUGCAGAAAGGUAAAGAAACUGUCUUUGAAAUCAUGUGGAACCAUUGGAGAAGAAACAGAGUAUUUCGGUGUGUGUUUGAAGAACGUUGAAGAAGUUGAGUUAAGGACAUGUAGGAGUAUAGUUGAUGUGGUUCUGUUCAAAGUUUCAGAGAUUUGUGAAUCUCUCAAGUCUCUGUUGAUCUAUGAUGGUGGGAACAAAGAUGGAUUGGUUCAUUUCAUGAACAAUUCUAAAUGCAAUGAUACUUUGAAGAAACUCGAUUUGCGUUUACCGAUGGAUUUACUCGACGAGCAUAUCGUCUCUCUCGCUGCUAAUUUCAGAGCUUUGUCUACUCUUAGGCUUACAAGUUGUUACUUUGUGACUGGUUUUAGUCUAAAGGUAUUAGCUUUAAGCUUUAGUUCGACUCUUGAAGAGCUUUCUUUGCUUAGCUGCGAUGCGGUUGAGAGAGAACCCGGUUUGUUGGCUACAUUAGGUCAGCAUUUUGAGAGGUUAAGGAAGCUGGAAUUACCGUUUAACGAGUGGUUAUCUGAUAAAGAACUCGUUUCGAUGUUAGCUUCUUGCAAUGGUUUGGUUGAGCUGAAUGUAAGAGGAUGUAAGAGUUUGACAGGUUCGGUGCUGGUUUCUUUGAACAAAAGCUGUGUGAAGCUGAGGAAUUUAGACAUCGUAAGUUGUCGAUUGAUUCGGGCUGAUGAAGUUGAAGCUUUUGUUCUGAAGUCACAAUGUUUGAAGAAGAUUGUGGUUGAAGGUAACAAGAUUUCAGAGGAUGCAAUGAAAUGGGCUUCGAGUAAGUUAAUUGAAGUUGUUUCUGUUGAAUCAGAUCUUCCUCGGUAA